GGUGUGUUUUUCUAUCACUGCAGCAUCAGCAGAGAGGAGAGGUGCACAAUCAAUUUCACAGAGAAGAGCAAGAAAAGGCACAAGUAGAUAAGGAAGAGAGGAGGGGGAAAAAAAAAGACGCAGGGAGUUGCCAGAGGAAAGGGACAUCACUGAGAAGAGUGGAGACCAGCAGGAGGGCGUGGACCUGACUUAUAGAGGAGAGCGAAAGGAGAGAGAGGAAAAAAAAGAGAGAAGACAAGAAGGGACGUACGAGGCAAAGCCGAGGCCUCUUGGAAAACAAACAAAGCCUCUGCACAAGUGUGUGUGUGUGUGUGUGAGGUUGCCCUCUGCGUGCGUUUUACUGUACGUGUGUGAGCAGGUGGGACUUUGAUGGGACAGUGAGCAAUGCCUCACACGCAGCGACAGCAGGUUGGCAGUAGGGGGCAGUGCUCCUCUCGCCUCCUCCUCCUCCUCCCACUCCUCAUCCUCCUCUCCCUCGCUGCCCAGCCCAGCCAAGCAGCCAUACACAUACCCGCCAACUACCACAUAAGUGAUCUCAAGAGGCCUCCGAUGAUCAUCACACAGCCGGAGUCUGUCACCGUGUUUAGCGUUGAAGACCUCGUCAUGAGCUGUGAAGCCACCGGCAACCCUCUACCCAUUUUCCGAUGGACAAAGGAUGGAGAGGAGUUUGACCCAGGCAGUGACCCAGAGCUGAAGGUUUCUGAGCGCUCUGGCUCAUUCGCAUUCUACACACUCAGUAACACUAUGGACAACCUGAAGCAGUACCAAGCCAAAUAUGUCUGCUACGCAUCCAACGAGCUGGGGACGGCCGUCUCUAACGAGGCCAAACUCAACACUGAUGUUCUCCCAUCCCAACAGAAAGAGAAGAAGGUUAUUGCGAAGUCUGAAGAGGGACACAGUAUCGUUCUGGAGUGUAACCCCCCGCAGAGCUCUAUGGAGCCCAUCAUCCACUGGAUGGACUGGAAGCUACGCCAUAUCCAGCUGAGUGAUCGGGUGGUGGUGGGGAAAGAUGGUAACCUGUACUUUGCCCAUUUGACGACUGAGGACAGCAGGGUUGACUACACCUGCAAUGUCCAGUACCUGGCGACACGCACCAUUCUGGCAAAGGAGCCCAUCACUCUGACUGUAAACCCCUCCAACUCCGUACUGCGGAACAGGAGGCCCCACAUGAUGAGACCUACUGGAAGCCACAGCAUUUACCAAACCCUCAGGGGCGAGACCAUGGAGCUUGAGUGCAUCGUCCAAGGCCUUCCAACUCCCACAGUUUCGUGGGUGAGGAAGGACGGCGAGAUGUCUGAAAUACGGGUUAUUCAAGACAUGUUCAACCGCCGCCUGCGCUUCAGUAAUAUCUCCGAGAGCGACGGGGGCGAGUACCAGUGUAUAGCUGAGAACUCCCAAGGGAAGGCCACACACACUUACACCGUGACUGUGGAAGCGGCUCCCUACUGGAUCAAGGAGCCACCCAGUCAGUUAUACGCCCCAGGUGAGACUGUCAGGCUGGACUGCCAGGCAGACGGCAUCCCCUCUCCCACCAUCAGCUGGACCAUCAACGGGAUCCCUCUCUCAGAAACCGACAAUGACCCCAGACGUUCUCUGACAGCGAGCGGAUCUCUGAUCCUAAUGGAUGUCAGCUUUGGAGACACUGCCAUUUACCAGUGCCAGGCCUCCAACAAGCAUGGGAACAUCCUCACCAACACCAACGUCUAUGUCAUUGAGCUGCCUCCCCAAAUUCUUACUGAGGAUGGGCUCACAUACACAUUCACAGAGGGCCAGAAGGCGGUACUGGAGUGUGAGACCUUUGGCUCUCCUAAACCUAAAGUCAUAUGGGAGAGCACCAGCACCUCCUCCCUUCUGGCGGAUCCCAGAGUCAACCCGCUCACCAACGGGAUGCUCGAGAUCUUUAACGUCACCCAUGACGACACCGGCUUCUACACAUGCUCCGUACAGACCACCAACUUGUCUGUCAGUGCCGAGCUGGAAGUACUCAACAGGACAGUGAUCCUGUCGCCUCCACAGGCUCUGAAGGCGCAGCGUGGAAACACAACCAUCUUCACUUGUCUGGCCCUCGUUGACCCCAAACUCGGCUCUCCCCUCAUUCAGUGGAGAAAGGACGAUCAAAAGAUCUUUGAGUCCCACAGUGACGAGAAAUAUACAUUUGAUGGACCAGACCUGAAAAUAACUAAUGUGGAUACAGAUGACGAGGGCGUGUACACCUGUCAGGUCAUCACUAAGCUCGACAUGGCUGAAGCCAGCGGCACCUUCACUUUAUGGGAUCGUCCAGACCCUCCCGUCCUCCUCCAGAUCUCUGAUGCGAAGCGUCGUGCAGUCACCCUCAGCUGGACUCCUGGAGACGACCACAACAGCCCUGUGCUAGAUUAUGUGAUUGAGUUUGAGGAUCAAGGUUCAAAGGAGAGGGGUUGGGAAGAGCUGAAGAGAGUAACAGGAAGCAAGGAGCGUGUCAGCCUCCCUCUGUGGCCCUACGUGUCCUACCGUUUCCGGGUCAUUGCCAUCAAUUAUGUGGGGAAGAGCGGCCCCAGCAAGCCAUCUGAGAUCCACAACACACCUGCUGAAGCUCCAGACAAUAACCCUGAAGAUGUUAGGAGUGAGUCCAACGACCCAGACACCCUGGUCAUCACCUGGGAGGAAAUGGACAGACGUAACUUCAACGGACCUGACUUCAAGUAUCAGGUGCUGUGGAGGCGAGUGGUGGGCAGCGGGCCCAACUGGCACAUCAACUACACCACCACGCCGCCUUUCACCAUCAACGACAUUGGCAACUUUUCUGCCUUCGAGAUCAAAGUUCAGGCUGUCAAUGAGAAAGGGGGGGGACCUGAAGCAGACCCCGUCAUUGGCUACUCAGGAGAAGAUGUUCCAUUGGAGGCUCCAAUGAAUGUGGCUGUUGAACCAAUCAACAGCACUACCAUCAGGGUGAACUGGGCAGCAAUAGACAAAAACACAGUCAGAGGACACCUGCUGGGAUACAAGGUCUACUUGACCAGAACCGGCCCCAGGGGCCACCACCGGGGCCGGAGGUCCAGGGAGCCAGAGAGCACUGUGGUGGUGGAGACCGGGGCCGGCGAGGAGAAGAAGGUGAUCAGCGAUCUCAGACCGUACUCCCACUACACCCUCGCCGUCACCGUAUUCAACAGCAAGGGAGAGGGACCCCCCUCUGAGCCGGUGCCCUUCAAGACUCGUGAGGGAGUUCCUGGUCCUCCCAUGUCCCUGAUGCUGGACAGCCCAUCAGAGACAGAAAUGACCCUCCGCUGGACGCCACCUGACCAGCCCAAUGGAGUCCUCAUUGGAUAUCUACUGCAGUACCAACAGAUUGUGGAGAGUGAUGACAGCCCCAUGCAGGUAGAGAGAAUAGACGGCUCCGCAGUCGACCACCUCACUCUGAAGCUGGACCGCCACAGCCACUACCGCUUCUUCCUGAGGGGUCGCACCGCCGCAGGAGAGGGAGAGCCCAUAAUGAGGGAGGGUGCCACCACGCUGGAUGGAGAGCCUCCUGACCAAAUCGACCAUUCUGCUGGGGAGAAGUUUGUUAACUUCAGCUGGGUGACCAAGAAGAGACAGAGGAACCUUAGCUUCCAGAUCCGCUACCUCAAAAAAAAUGAUGGCGAUAACUGGAAGAAAACAGAGAAGGUGAACUCCUCUCAGUCUUUCUACCAGCUCCAGGGCCUGAGUCCUGGCUCUCAUUAUCAUGUAGAAUUCAUCUACAGCAACACCACCUUCUGGAAGGAUGACAUCAAUACAGAAGGAACAGGAGUGACGGAGGUGCAGCCGAGCUUUGCAACGCAGGGCUGGUUCAUCGGCGUCGUGAGCGCCAUCGUGCUGCUGCUGCUGAUACUGCUCAUCCUCUGCUUCAUCAAGAGGAGUAAAGGGGGGAAGUACUCAGUGAAAGAUAAAGAAGAGGGUCCGAUGGACUCCGAAGCGCGGCCCAUGAAGGAUGAGACUUUUGGAGAGUAUAGAUCUCUAGAAAGUGACCUCGAGGAGAAGCGCACCGCCAGCCUGCCGUCGCUGGGCGAGGAGAGCAAGCUGUGCAGCGAGGACAACCUGGACUUCAACGGCAGCAGCGCCAUAACCACCGAGCUCAUGGAUGAGUCUCUGGUCAGCCAGUACAGUCGGCCCAGCGAGGGCCUGCCGGACAACUCCCCGUUCAACCCUCCCUCCGUCUCCCCGGCAACCAACGGCAUGCCCAACUCAGUCACCAUCCUCGAUUAACCCCCACACGUCCACCGGGGGCCGUCAGACCAAAACAUGUCAACGCAUAUGUGCCCAUACGCUCCUGUUCCCCGCUGACUUGCUGAUCUGUUUAACGACUAAUAUACAAUCAAUAUAUUGACUAUCGAGAUGCCCCUGGCAGUCAUCUGAUCGACUGGACUGUUUUGACCAAAGGAGUGUCCAAAGUAGUGGACAAUGUGAUACAAGUUUGACUGACCUGAAGAUGUCUUUUGACCCUCCCUUCCCCCUCCUUUUAACUGUGUGUAGUUUACAACAUAUCUUAACGACUAACAUUCAUUCCUCUCCCUUUCUUCUCUUUCUUUCUCUCCGCAAACAGCUCUAUAGAAAGAUAAAGACAGAAUGUUGUACCGGUAGAAAUAUCCGAGGGAUUGUAGGUGCGGUUCUUUAGAGAUGGAUUGAAAGAGGAGGAUGAAGGUAGAGCCUAGUUUUGGGAAACAGACAGCACAUGUUGCUGUUAAACAUCUUAGAUAUUUAUCAUGCCUUAUAUUAUUUCGCACAUUUGUAUGUUUAAUGCCAUUUGAUGUCUCAGAUUGUACUUGCCAGUGACAUUUUUUUUUUUUUUUUUUUUACAAAUGUGUUUGAAUACAAAACUUAUUUUUUUCGUUAUCUGCCAUUUUUUAUUUAUAUCAUCACUUUUUCAUAUUGUUUUUUCUACACUAUUUAUAUUCUCUUUAUUGACAUAUUUCACAGAUCAAGAUGCUUUCAUUGAAACUAAGCGAAGCCAAGUUUCUUACUAUAAAUAACAUUGGAUGCAUAAGGGGAACUUGCUGUGAACAUGCUGAGUAGCAUCUGGUGUAUAUAGCUGCAUCUACAUCUAUCUAUUUAGCCAUAAUACAGUAUUAUAGAUAUGUACAUGCUCCUUAUAAGUUCCUGUGCCUGCUGGGUCUGCAUAGAGCACCAGAUUGAUGUCAUUACUCUCGCCUUCCCACCAGAAGUGUAAUGUCAUUAUUGGAAAUGAUAUUGUAAUUUUUUCGUGUCGAGACCUACGUGUAGCUUUCUGUAUCUGUCUUUGUCUCUUUCUACACUGUAUUAAAAAACAUUGUUGUCUCUAAUUAACAACCUUUUCAUACCUGUCCAUCUCCAUACUUCGCAAAAACUGUUUGAGGAGCAGUAUUUAUGUAUAUUUACAGAUCAGAGAGUGGAGCAAACACUCUCAUGUUUUAUUUUCAGACCCUCAUCAAUGCAAGUUGAUAUUGCAGACAGGCGGAAUGAUUGCCAGUUGAUGUAAAAUAAAUGCAAGCAGUUGGUAUUUACAUCAAACACAGAGAAUGUAUUCUUUUCAGAGCUGGGCAGACAUUGUAUUUACAUGCUACUGAUUAAAAAAAAUCUGAGCUACAAGGUACUGGAGUGGUUAUGAGACUAACUUGUUUUUUUUUUCUCCACAGAAUGUAAAUACAACCUUUAAAGAUUGUUUUGAUGAACCCAACCAUGUUUGAUAUAAAAAUGUGAAAAAUGUGCAGGUUUGAAACCACUUAAUUUUAAAGUGUUGCAAGUUGUUUGUACUAUUGCUAUAAAUUCAAACUUUCCAUUUUUUGACUAAAAAUAGUUGAGGGGUAAAAAUUAAAAGGGGAAAAAAUCUGUAGAUGUUUGCAAACAUUUCAAAAUUAAAAAAAAAAAAAGUACAUUAGUGUCAUUUAGUGAUAGUAGUAGUUCCAUUACAAUGAAAGCUAAGAUUGCGUUCAUGCCCACAACCAUCUUGCAAUGCAUUGCAGCGCAGUGAAUAUCUGUGGAGUUUUUGUCUGAUGCAGUUCUGAAAGAGAGCCGGUUUGUGCAUACCACAAGGAGUACCUACUAUAUGCAACGUUGCUGCCUCAGUUCUCCCUAUUCAAAUAAAAGCUUGACACUGGCCAAACACCACCUGACGGUCCCUGAGGUAAAGUAGCUAUGUGGGAUGUCUAAACAGGCCAGUGGCACUGAAGGAGGUGUGUGUGAGCUCCCUGUUGACACACUCAGGACAAAUAAAGCUUUUAAAAAAAAUAAAUCUAUUUUCAUACAGGAGAGAUGAAUGACACAAAAAUAUGCCAAUAUUCUAACUUGACUAUCUGCUGCUAAACAUCUGUGUUUGUCAGUGUUGGUGGCAAAUGUUAGCUUUGAAUGAAGAAUGAGUGUACACACACAGAUACUCACUCGACUGCCACUCACUCUUUGCUUUGUAUGUGUCAAGGGGAAAGCUGGCCUUUUGCUUUUCCACUGUUGUUUUCCCCCUUUUUUAAUAUUUAAAAAGAUACAAAAAAAAAAAGUGAAUUGGUUUUAACUUCAGAAAAAAAGCAGACAGAUUUUAAACAACAAUGCCUGAGUGGGAGGGAAGAGGGGAGGAAGUAUAGGAGUAGGGAGUGUGUGUCCAUGUGCCUCUUUGUGGUGUGUGGGGUGCACUAUGGGACUGAUGGUAUCUAUGUGGGUGAACAACAGGAGGUGGGGGGACGUGUACCACAUAUAUGGGGGCUAAAAUAACUGUAACUGCAUUAUGAAUCUACCACUGUAACUGGAUUUAUGACUGAAGAAUAAAAUACGUGGAAUAAUCU